AUGGCCGACCAAGACUCGAUAUCCACUCGCAUCUCGCCCGAUUGCCUACCCGAGACACAACGAGUCCUGACAGCAGCCUGGUCGCACGAUAUCGAGGCCAUCAAGAAAUUCCUCGACGUCCCAGGCAAGGCCAGCUGUCAGGACCCCCAAACCGGCGAGACGCCCUUGCACGCGGCCAUUCGAUCUUGCGGGGCCCCUUCCGAGGACGACACGCCCGAGGACCUCGAGGCUGCUAAGAAAACCGUCUACGAGCUUCUGCUAUGGGGCGGCAUCUGGAACGAUCUCGAUGACCACAACGAGACGCCCGGCUGCGUCGCGCGCCGUCUCGGCCGCACAGAAUUGUACAUUCUUUGCGUCGAGGCUGGCGUGAGGGCAGAGAUGCUGUUUGGGUUGCUAGACGGGUACGAGGAGCUCUCGAGUGGCGACGCUGAGGACGACGACAAUGACGAGGGCAUGGGAGAUGCGAAUGGCCAAGUGGAAGAUGGCGACGAGGCACCCGAGCUCGUUGACGUGGACGGCCAGGAGACAGAUGGGGCCCCGGAAGUGGCGGAAACGCCUACCUUCCAAAGGCUUGCUCUUGAGUCGCAGCAGGACGUCAAGAGUGAGGAGUACCUGCGGUCCAAGUUGACAUACUCGGACGGCAAGCUGGUAGACGAUGCGGGCAACGGUGUAAUGAUGGCCUGGGAGUCCGACAUCAUGCGCCAGAGCGUCGAUGCGCUCCUCCCUGGCAAGGAGCCGGGCAAGAGGAUACUGAACAUAGGGUUCGGUAUGGGCAUUAUUGAUACCAUGUUUGCCGAGACAAAGCCCGCGCGCCAUCAUAUUAUCGAGGCGCACCCAGAGGUCUUGGAACAUAUUUCGGCCCCAGACUCAAAAUUUGGAUCGUCGUGGGAAGCAAGUGCCCAAGAGCCGGGCGCUUUCAAGGUUCACAAGGGCAAGUGGCAAGAAAUUUGCCAGCAGCUCCUAGAAGAGGACCAAGUAUACGACGUCAUCUACUUCGAUACCUUUGGUGAAGACUACGCGCAGCUGCGACUGUUUUUCACUGAUUUUAUACCCGGUCUGUUGGAUUCCCAGGGGUGCUUUGGUUUCUUUAACGGCCUUGGCGGGGAUCGCAAGAUCUGCUACGACGUCUACACUAAAGUCGCUGAGAUGCACUUGUUGGAUGCCGGCCUCGAUGUCGAUUGGAAAGUGAUAGAAGUCAACAUGGAGGAGCUGGCUGAGGCCGGCAAAGGCGAAUGGGAGGGAGUCAAGAGGAGGUAUUGGACAUUAGACGGCAACCUCGCAGAAUAUCGCCUCCCGACUUGCACGUUCUUGGGAUGA